AUGGCUGAAACCAAUGCUAAUAGUAACACAAAUAUUUAUAGUUUUGCUAAAAAUGUGAAAAGAUUUCCAGGUUUGGCAAGGAGGGAAACAUGGAAGGUUGGCAAAGAGGAUCCAAGAAGGGUGGUUCAUUCUUUGAAAGUUGGCAUGGCUUUGACACUAGUUUCUUUGCUGUAUCUGAUGGAGCCAUUGUUCAAAGGGAUAGGGAAAAAUGCUAUGUGGGCUGUCAUGACUGUGGUUGUGGUGAUGGAGUUCACUGUCGGGGCAACAUUAUGCAAAGGACUAAAUAGAGGAUUGGGGACUCUGUUAGCAGGAUCAUUGGCAUUUCUUAUUGAGUAUGUUGCAGAUGCCCCUGGUCAGAUUUUUCGAGCAGUUUUCAUUGGUGUUGCAGUUUUUCUGUUAGGAGCUAUAACUACUUAUGUCAGGUUCAUCCCCUAUAUCAAGAAGAAUUAUGACUAUGGUGUCUUGAUAUUUCUCUUGACCUUUAAUUUGAUAACCGUAUCAAGCUACCGCAUUGAUAAUGUGUGGAACAUUGCAAAAGAUCGCAUAGCCACCAUUGCCAUAGGCUGUGGUCUAUGUCUUGUAAUAAGCGUAGUGGUAUUUCCAAACUGGUCAGGGGAAGACCUCCAUAACUCCACCAUUUCAAAGCUCGAAGGCUUAGCCAACUCUAUAGAAGUCUGUGUCAAGGAAUAUUUUUAUGAUUCUGAAAAACAAGCAACUCAAGAAGAUUCAUCCGAGGAUCCCAUUUACCAAGGUUACAAGGCUGUUUUAGAUUCCAAAGCUAAUGAUGAAACACUGGCCUUACAAGCAAGCUGGGAGCCAAGAUACCUAAGAUAUUGCCACAGAAUCCCAUGGCACCAAUACGCAAGAGUGGGAGCUGCUCUUCGCCAUCUUAGUUACACUGUUGUAGCAUUACAUGGAUGUCUCCAGUCUGAAAUUCAGACACCAAGGUUGAUUCUUGCCGUAUACAAGGACUCUUGCAUCAAACUUGCAGAAGAAGUGUCUAAAGUACUUGGGGAACUAGCCAACAGCAUAAGGAACAAUCGUCAAUUUUCCCCUCAAAUAUUAUCUAAUAAUCUAAAUGAAGCUUUACAAGACCUCGACAAUGUCUUGAAAUCCCAACCCCAACUUUUACUAGGCUCAAGGAAUGGUCAAACCACCAACACCCCAUCUCAAGGAGUUGCACAUUCUGACCAAAAGCUUGAAGAGAACACUAGAAUCUCAUUACCAAGUGUUGAAAAUGAUGCAUGUUCCCCGCGUGAAUGUAAAUCCAAAGAGCACUAUCUUGAACAUUCAAAGGAAGGACAAGAACACAAGAAGGUUUUAAGGCCACAACUGAGUAAGAACGUCAUCACUAGCCUUGAGUUCUCAGAAGCACUGCCCUUUGCUGCUUUCACUUCUUUGCUUGUUGAAAUGGUGGCAAAACUUGACCAUGUUAUGGAUAAAGUUGAAGAAUUGGGACGAAUGGCACAUUUUAGAAAGUUCAAAGAUGAUGAUGAGAUUGUUGUGACUUGUGAGAAACCAAAACUGAAUAUUAAUAUAGCUCAGAAUGACUUGCCUUCUUAUGGAGCAGAGUAG